UAUAAUAUAAUAUAUAAUAUAAAAUAAUAUAUGUAUAAAAUAUAUAUAAUAUAUAAUAAUAAUAUAAUAAAUCAAACAUUUGUUAUCAAGCCAUAUUAAUAUCCGAUAUUGUAAUUUUCGUCGUGUUUAAUUGUCUUUUGUGGUUACUUGCAAUAUUAUGAUUCUAUUGAAUUUAAUUAUAUUAGAAGCGUCAACAAACUAAUUACCCCAUAUCUUUUUGUUGUUGGGUGAAACUCAAACAAUAUUGUCGUUCCUGGACAAUAAUAUUGUUUGAUUUUUCACAUUUUUAUGUUUAGCAAUUUCUAAAACGAAAUUUUUAAAACUGCUUUUGCACAUUAGAUAAUAUCACAACGAUAAUUUCGCAAAAAAUGUGGUUCUAUUGGCGAAAGUUUCCACCGUUUUCGAAAACAGGAUACGACAAUGCGGAAAUUCCAAGAGCGACGGGUGCUCACGAUUUCCUUACUUUUACCGAUAAAUUCGACUUUUAAAUUCCGAAACCUUAAUGCCACUAAUACAGUCAUUAAGUUGAAAUUAGCGAGGGACGUGUCGGGACAAGGGAACGUAUAAAACUACUUAACGACUACCCACCAAUUGUGAGUUAUUCGACUGCCAUCGAACAGAAAACAUGAAGAUGAUUACAUUGUGCGUAGUACUCAGUGUGGCCGUAGUUAGCGUCUACGCCGACGCACCAAUUCCGCACACCGUCUACGGGGUGCCCAAAGCUUACGCAGCUCCUACGACCGAAUCGCACCCCACGCUCUCCCAGGAAUACGGCAUACCCAAGGUUGUUUUGCCGCUUGAACCCCACCAAGAAUACGGAACUCCUCGGGUAGAGGUCAAACCUGUCGUCACAUCCUACGACUACGCUGUCCCCAAAGUCGAAUAUGGCGUGCCGAAAAUUCAUGAAGAGUAUGGCGCACCCAAACCUGAAUACGGCGUACCAAAGUUACACGAAGAAUAUGGCGUUCCUAAACAGGUCGAACCAGUCAUUACUUCUUACGAAUACGCUAUCCCCAAAGCUCCGGUGCCUGAGUACGAAGUGCCAAAAAUACACGAAGAAUAUGGUGUUCCAAAAGUGCACGAAGAAUACGGCGUACCCAAAGUACAUGAGGAAUAUGGCGUCCCCAAACUGCACGAAGAGUACGGCGUACCAAAGCACGUGGAACCAGUCAUUACAUCUUACGAGUACUCCAUUCCCAAAGUGACAAUCGCCGCGCCGAUUCGUCAGGUGUACGGAGUACCAGCAGAAGAGUAUGGUGUGCCGAAGAAGGUGCAUGAAGAGUACGGAGUUCCCCAGCAGGAAUAUGGCGUGCCUCGUCAUGUAGAGCCCGUCGUUACGUCGUACGAGUACGGUAUCCCCAAAAUCGACGUCAGAACUCCCGCCGUUGAAUACGGUACUCCCAAAAUCCACGAGGAGUACGGCGUGCCCAAAUUGCACGAGGAAUACGGAGUUCCAAAAGUUCACGAAGAGUACCGCGCUCCUGUGAUCACGUCCUACGAUUAUACGCUUCCCAGAGGACCUGCCCAAGAGUACGGAGUUCCGGUACCCUACCCAGAAUACGGCGCACCCAAAGCCGAGUACGGAGUGCCGAAAGUGGUCAAGCCCCACGCAGUCUACGGCGUUCCGAGUGCCUGAGUUGACUAGUUAAUCUAGAAUAAUUAAAUUAUUAGAACCCUGUUGGAAAUAAUAAAAUUUA